AUUUCGCUUUUAUCAAGUAAGUGAGUUUUUAGUUAUUUGUGUGAAUUUUGUAAUCAUCGAUACAUCAUAAGAAUGGCUUUCCGAUUCGCAAUUGUAUGCUUGGCCUUAGCCAUGCCCCUCGCCCAAGGAUAUUCUGCGGGAGCACCCAAAGAAGUCUGCGAGAGCUUAUUACCCCAACAUCCUUAUAAACCACAAUCCAGCCCAGCUCCGUACGCGUUACACGUCAGCGCAAAGCAGGCAAAGGCUGGUGAAUUCAUCGAAAUAAAACUCCAAGGCAAAUCGGCACAAGACACGAUCAAGGGCUUCAUCGUGCAAGGACGUCUCGGCGACGAACCGGUCGGAACAUUCGACGUUUCCGGAUCAUCGCAAUUAGCGCAAACGAUCAACUGCGGAUCAGGAAAUGCUAACGCUGCAACACACAAGAAGCACGAUGGAGCCGAUGCCCAAGUUAUCAGCUUGAAAUGGAGCCCCCCUGCAGGAGUCUCAGGAGUAGUCAAAUUCAAAGCUACUGUCUUAUUGGAUGGUGCCACAUUCUGGGUUGGUCUGCAAUCAAAUGAAGUGAGAAUUAACUAAUAAAAAAAAUGUGAUAAUUAAGUUAUGAAGUAGUAAAUUAAUUAGAUUGAUAGAAACAUACAAAAUUUCUAUUUUGGUUUAGGGUUAUGUAAAGAUUUCUGUAAUAUAUUUUUAAAUAAAAAAAAG